CUUAAACCUCACCGCCGUUUUUCUUAAACCUUAGCAAUGGCUUAAAGCACAGGUCCAGAACCCCCAAAUUCACCGCUUCCUGAUUCUCCGAUAAACCCUAACAAUGGCGAUUGAUAGUGGAAGCAAACAACAGUCCCACAAGACCCACCGGUCUCGUCAAUCCGGUCCUUCUGCUAAAAAGAAGUCAAAAUCCCAUAAGAAGAACAGGCCCGGCGCCGCCGCCAACGCCGGAGCUGCAGAUGGCGACGGUGACGUUGAUAUGCAAAACAAACGCCAGCAUAACCCAAAGGCUUUUGCAUUUACUUCAACGGUGAAAGCGAAGCGAGCCCAAUCUAGGGCAACGGAGAAGGAACAAAGAAGGCUUCAUGUGCCGGUAAUAGAUAGGAGCACGGGAGAGCCAGCUCCGUUUGUUAUUGUUGUCCAGGGACCGCCUCAGGUGGGGAAGUCGCUAGUGAUAAAGUCACUAAUAAAGCACUACACGAAACAAAAUUUACCGGAAGUACGAGGUCCUAUUACCAUAGUGUCAGGUAAGCAAAGACGGCUGCAGUUUGUGGAAUGUCCUAAUGAUAUUAAUGGCAUGAUUGAUGCUGCAAAAAUUGCUGAUCUAGCUUUGCUUCUUAUUGAUGGAAGCUAUGGUUUCGAAAUGGAAACUUUUGAAUUUCUUAACAUAAUGCAAAACCAUGGAUUCCCGAAAGUGAUGGGUGUCCUCACGCACUUGGACAAAUUCAAGGAUGUGAAGAAGCUUAGGAAAACAAAACUACGACUCAAGCAUCGUUUUUGGACGGAGAUCUAUGAUGGAGCUAAACUGUUCUAUUUAUCUGGUCUUAUUCAUGGAAAGUAUUCAAAGCGUGAGAUUCACAACCUUGCACGGUUUAUUUCUGUUAUGAAGUUUCCACCAUUGUCUUGGAGAGUUUCUCAUCCGUAUGUCUUGGUCGACCGGUUUGAAGAUGUUACUGCCCCAGAGAAAGUGCAAAUGGAUAGCAAGUGUGACAGAAAUGUCACCUUAUAUGGCUAUUUACGUGGCUGUAAUUUGAAAAUGGGAACCAAGGUACACAUUGCUGGUGUGGGUGACUGCAGUGUGGCUGGGAUUACAGCACUACCUGAUCCAUGCCCUCUACCAUCAGCAGCCAAGAAAAAGGGAUUACGUGACAAGGAGAAGCUGUUUUACGCUCCAAUGUCGGGGUUGGGGGAUCUUGUUUAUGAUAAGGAUGCUGUCUACAUAAAUAUAAAUGAUCACUUUGUGCAGUUCUCUAAAGGCGACAAUGACGAUGAUGGAACUAAGCAAAAAGGGAAGAACCAGGAUGUCGGGGAAGUUUUGGUGAAAUCACUUCAGAAUACUAAAUAUUCCAUUAAUGAGAAGCUAGAUAAGAGUGUUAUUUCACUUUUCGGGAAGAAACAGAGUACAAUAUCGGACCAGCAAAGUGAUCUAAUUAAACCCUGGGAGCAAACUGAAGAUGUGAGUGAUGGCUCAGAUGAUGAUAAAAUUAAUGAUGUUCAUGAUUCAGCCUUUUUGGAUGAUGGGGCAGAAAUGUCAGAUGACUCUUCUGAAGAAGAACGCGAUCUAAAAUCAGAUAAGCCACCUUCCAGAAUCAAAUUCGCAGAAAAGAUUGAUAUCCAUGGAGGUAGGACGAGGAGAAAAGCUGUUUUUGCAGAUGACGUUGCUGGUGAAGAAAAGGAUUCCGAUGAGAACGAUGGUGAUGAGGACGACUGUGAGGAUGACGAGGAUGAAGAAGCUGAUGGUAGUUCAUCAUCUAGUUCUGAUUUUUCUGAGGAAGAUGAAAAUCAUCCUAGUGGACAUGAUGUUGACUUGGGAAAUAUCUCAAAAUGGAAAGAGCCCCUGGCAGAAAUGAAUGCUUCAAGGCAGAACAUCAAUCUCAUGCAACUUGUAUAUGGAAAUUCCACAACUGUGUCUGUGGCUGCAAUUAACGGCAGUAUUGAUGAAGAAAGUGAUGAUGAAAAAUUCUUCAAGCCGAAGGGGGAGGGAACAAAGAAAUCCAAAGAAGGAUUAGAUGAUGAUCUCAAUGCUGAGGAUUGCUCAAAAUUCAAAAUACUAAGUCAGAAUGACUGGAAAGAUGAAGAAGUAAAGGAAAAGAUUCGUGAUCGUUUUGUAAAAAUGGGGUGGUCUAAGGCAGCUCGUGCUGGUCAAGUGCCUGAAGCUAAUGAUGAUGAGAAUGGUGAUGUGUUUGGCGAUUUUGAGGAUUUAGAAACUGGUGAGAAAUACGAGAGUGGUCCAGGAGCUGAUAGUCAUCAACGUGAGCACAAAGAGGGCGAUUUGGCAGCUGAGGAAAGGAGGCUGAAAAAGCUGGCACUUCGUGCAAAGUUUGAUGCUGGAUUUAAUGGAUCUGAUUCGCCUGAUGAAGAGAAAGAUGAUACAAACACCUCAAAGUCUGAUCGUAGAGGAACUGAUGGCUCUAAUUUCAUUGAUAAGCUAAAGGAGGAUAUUGCCCUCCGGAAACAACUCAAUAUUGCCGAGCUUGAUGAACUUGAUGAGGACACUCGUAUCGAGAUAGAGGGUUUUCGAACUGGAACUUACCUUAGGCUGGAAGUGCAUGAUGUCCCUUGCGAAAUGGUCGAGCAUUUUGAUCCUUCACAUCCUAUUUUAGUUGGAGGACUUGGUCUUGGGGAAGAAAGUGUUGGUUACAUGCAAGUUCGCUUAAAACGUCACAGAUGGCACAAGAAAGUUUUAAAAACUAGAGACCCAAUAAUAGUCUCUAUUGGAUGGCGACGCUACCAGACUACACCUAUUUAUGCCAUUGAGGAUAGUAAUGGUCGCUAUCGUAUGCUCAAGUACACUCCAGAGCAUAUGCAUUGCAUUGCCAUGUUUUGGGGCCCUCUCGCACCCCCACAUACCGGGGUUGUCGCUGUACAGAGUUUAUCAAAUAAUCAGGCAUCAUUUAGGAUCACAGCAACGGCAACUGUUCUAGAGUUCAACCAUGCAGCACGGAUAGUGAAGAAAAUAAAGCUUGUCGGACACCCCUGUAAAAUCUUCAAGAAGACAGCACUCAUCAAGGACAUGUUCACUUCUGAUCUUGAAAUAGCCAGGUUUGAAGGUGCCAAGAUACGAACUGUUAGCGGAAUCCGAGGUGAAGUGAAGAAGGCUGCAAAAGAGGAGAUUGGCAACCAACCAAAAAAGAAGGGUGGGUCAGCAAAAGAAGGAAUUGCGAGGUGCACCUUUGAAGAUAGGAUUCUGAUGAGUGAUGUAGUUUUCUUGCGUGCUUGGACUCAAGUGGAGGUACCCAGGUUUUACAACCCUUUGACAACAGCUCUGCAGCCACGUAAUCAAACCUGGAAAGGAAUGAAAACAGUAGCCGAGUUGAGAAAGGAACUAAACCUCCCUGUGCCUGUCAACAAGGAUUCAUUAUACAAGCCAAUUGAGCGGAAGGAGAGGAAGUUUAAUCCUUUGGUUGUUCCCAAAUCAUUACAAGCUAAUCUUCCUUUUAAAUCAAAGCCGAAGAACAUUCCCUCUGGAAGACAACGUCUUGAAAACCGUAGAGCUGUUGUGUUAACAUCUGAGGAGCGCAAAGUGCGCGAUCUUGUUCAGCAUCUGCAGCUCAUUCGGCAUGAGAAGAUGAAAAAGCGCAAACUUAAGGAACAAGAGAAAAAGAAAUUGCAUGAGGCUGAGAAAGCAAAAGAAGAACAGCUAUCCAAGAAACGUAAGAGAGAAGAGAGGAGGGAGAGGUACAGGAUACAAGAUAAAUUAAGUAAGAAAAUGCGGAGAAAUGCAUAAGCUUGGUUUGCUCCCAUAUUGGCUGGCAACAGCUAAUUAUGUUGGAUUACAUCGCUCCACAGUCCACAUUCAUUUUCUGUCCUAACUCCUGUGUCCAAGGGAGUGUAACUCGGCGAGCACAAAACCAGGAUAGCAGGCUUAGCAGCCAUGAAUUCGUUCUGUGAAUACUUUGCAGCCUUUGAUGUAUGAGAUCUCUAGAGAUUGUAAGAUACCACUGUUUUGAUUGUAGAGAUGACCGGAACGAAAUAGAAAAAUUUUGUUUGCAAUGAGCUAUGGAAUUUGAAGUCAUCUGUAGGCUUAAACGAACCCUUGAACUUUACUCUCUGUUGCGUUUUUCCAAGUCAAGAGCAAAUAGGGAGAUGAGUGAGACCAAAAGAUACAAAACUUUUCAAGCCAACCACGGAUGAGAGCAUUGAUAUUAAGAACAAGGGG